AUUUCAAAAUUUGAAAAAACCCCGCCAGUAUAAAAACCCCAAAUUCAACUUGGCAGCAGUCAUUCGCAUUGCAGAGAGAAACUUCGAGAAGAGAUGAAGAAAAGAUCGAGAUCGACGAGGAAGUCAUCGGCGGCGGAUUUUCAGUCAACUCCGCGGGCUACCGCGGCGGCAAGUCCUAUCCAGUCGAUGAGUGAGUCUCCGAAGCCAUUCGAGUUCAAUUUCAAUAUGUUCAACGCUACGCCAACAUCGUCAUCAUCAUCGAAGAAGAAGACUAACGGAAAGACGAAUUUCAAUAUUUCAAGUCUAGAGCAGGUGAAGCCUGCCGGUGGUUCCCCUGUGUCGGUCGAAAAUCUGAAGACUAUUAUGGAUCUGAAGGAAUUUGCAUCAUCUGGAUUGGACUUUGUUAAGCGCCAGGUUGAGCGAUCGCAUAUGGAGAUUCUUAAGGACCUCGAGGCUUCUCAGUCUCGCCUUCAGAAACGUCUCAAG